CGAGAUGGGAUUGAAAUACUUAUACUUCCCCUGUUCCUAAAUGGAAAAAGGAGAAAGGCAGAGCCUGUUGGUAUGUGGCUGUAAGAGGAUAAACAAUAUGUUUCAUCGUUUCCUUUUGCGGUUCUUCCCGACGUUUCGUGUUUCCUACUGCGGGAGAGGGAUUGCAGACGCGGGAGAGGGAUUGCAGACAAAUAUCGAAUGCAAUGCACAAGUCGAUACCCUUCGAAAGAAACUAUUUUGCGAACCCUUUCACAGGUACGGGAUUUACCUGGCUUGCUUCAACUGUUGUCUUCUGAUGCAAUUCGCAAAAUGAUGUAAGUAUCUUCUCCUUCUGCUCUUGAAUGUUCAUCUGUGAUUACUUCCCACUUUGUUUGUGGCUCUUUUUCCAGCUUAGAAACUAACCAGCUAUGAAUUCUCACAGCAAUGAGUAGAGUAGCCCUUGUUUACUGCCUUCCAUUGGAGCUAAAUACUUUUCCUAACCUCAAUUGCAAGACUUGAGUUCAUGAGCACCAUUCUUUCAUCGCCUUAAAACUGAUUGCAGAUGAUGAACACUUUUCCUUCAUCUGGGGUUGGAAAUCAUCAUUCUUGUGGUGAAGUCGAAGGAAAGUUGCAGACUUUGGUUGCCAUCUUAUUGACUAUAUAUGGUUGGAUGCAAGAGGAGACACAAGGAAUCUCAUUGUCUUGCAUAUCUCACCUACUAGAGAUGGAAAUGUGAUUUUGAUUUGGAAACCAGCCAGCCAACCAUGUCAGCGAUGUCAGUGCAUUGUCUCUUGCCUACCACUACUCUCCAACUCUCAUGGUACAGAGUCCGUUUUCAACGUCUGUCUCCCCUGUAGAAGUUGAUGCACCAUGCACGAGUGAGCUGUUUGACUUUGUUUUCAAGGCACUAGAGAUAUGAUAAUCUUCACUAUUGAAUGACGCUGCAGGAGAAGCAGGAUGCAUGGAUCUUGCCUACCUCGAUGAUGGAGGCCAAUGAGUUGGAUUACUUGGUAGGGAAGGGACAUUUCAUAGACACAAUGCUGAUAAUGAGGUGGAUUGAAUUGUGUUUGCACAUGGGAGAAACAAGAUGCUCCUAUUCCUCUUGUCUCUCUGUCGUUUCUUCCUCCGACUGCCUCUUUUCUCGCAUCUUCUAUAUAAACUUGCAAUAGGUGCCAAAGAAGGCAUUGCAAAUCAUCUCCAGUCAUAUCUCUCUCUGUCUUUCAAUCCUUCUCUCAUAUUCACCAAGAUUACCAAAAAUGGCAGCUAUUUCUUUCCAUGCUCGCUCCAACAGUUUGCCUACACAAUCACACCCUCUAGUCUCAGAAAUCAAUGAGCAGGUUUGCAGGUUGAGACAAUCUCAAGCUGCUUCCACAUCUUCAUCAUCCAUAGGCCACAACCUUGACAGCCUUCAGGUUGUGUAUGAUUGUGUUGACCAGUUGUUCCAACUGCCAACAACCCAACAAGCCUUGAUCAAUGACCAGAAGUGCUUCAAUGAGUUGUUGGACGGAUCUUUGAGGCUUUUGGACUUGUGCAAUACUGCCAAAGAUGCCUUGUCUCAAAUGAGAGAGUCUGUUGCUGAGCUUCAAUCUGCCAUUCGUAGAAGGCAAGAAGGUUUUGAAGGUGAAACCAGUAGAUACUUGAAAUCUAGGAAGACUGUGAUGAAAGCCAUCCAAAAGGUCUUGAAGGGCAUGGAUAGCAAGAAGUCCACCUCAUCAAACAACGUUGAGACGAUCUCCACAUUGAAGGAAGCGGAAUCUGCUAUUGUUGAGGUUUUGGAGUGCUUGCUGUCAUUCAUUUCUCAAUCAACCUCAAAGGCAAGCAGCUGGUCAUUUGUUUCCAAGCUGAAAAGGGUUGCAGCAGCUUCCAGCGAGAAUGAAUUUGCCGAUGUCGAUGCCUCUUUGAAGGCUAACAAAUCCAGCAAGCAGAUCCAACUUCACCUUAAGAAUCUGCAGACAUGCAUUGGAGAGCUCGUGGAGGGAGUUGAAUGCCUCUUCAGGCGUUUGAUCAAAACAAGAGCCUCAAUUCUCAAUAUUCACAAUCUGUAGUGACAUCCUCAGAAAAAUACUUGUACAAGUUGUAUAGAAAAUUUUGACACUCAAAUCUAUAUAUAUAUAUACAUGGUCCCUAAGUUUCUGGAAAUUCAUGUCUCGUUCGAUUCAUUGCUCUAUCUACCAACCUGCAUUUCUGUCCAUUUUAGAUUACCAUCUGCUUGUAGGGGUGAAAUAACAUUGAAAGUAGCUUCUGGGAUCAUAUCAGAUUGGUAAGGUAAAUAAGAUCUGAUCAAAAUU